GCCUGCCUGCCUGCCUGCCGCAGCUCCCUCUCACUGCGCCAUGUGCCACCGUCCUUCCCUCCCCGCUGUGCUGCUCGCUGAGGACAUGCUGUGGCACAGCUGUCUGCCUCCUCUGCUGCAGUCAGCCAGGUUUGGAUUACUGUGCACGCUACUGAUGUCGAGCUCCUGUUGUGACCCAGCACCCCAUAGGAGGAGCAAAUGAGCUGAGACGUCAACGCAAAAAAUUAUAGCCAUGCGAGCUAUCCCUCUGCUCAGCUGCUUGGAGAGUGCAUACAUGGUUUGUGUGACAGCACCAGCACACAGAAGCAUUGAUGAAAUGCACUUAGCAAUACAGCUGGGAGACAGGCAGCGAGGCAGGCACUGGUCCAGUGACUAAAAUGAUCUUACCGUGAGCCAGGCUGCAGUGCCUCCAAAAGUGUCUGACUGCUACACAGGAGCUCGGCUUUCUUUGCAAUUACUCCAGUUCCCACCCGGUGACCGCAGUGUGUGCUCCGUUUUGGUUUUGCUCGCCUUUUCGUUCCUCCUGUUUUUUUCCCCCACCCGUCGCCCUCUCUCUCCUCCCGUGUCCUUCUCUCCAGGAUGGCGGAAGCAGAGUUGCACAAGGAAAGGCUCCAAGCCAUCGCAGAGAAAAGGAAAAGGCAAACAGAAAUAGAAGGCAAGAGACAACAGCUUGAGGACCAGAUACUUCAGCUGCAGCAUUUCAAGUCAAAAGCUCUUCGAGAAAAAUGGCUGCUACAGGGAAUUCCUGCUGGCUCUGCAGAAGAAGAAGAAGCCAGAAGGAGGCAGUCAGAAGAGGAUGAGCAGAAGGUGAAAAAGCUGGAAGAAAACAUUCACAGAGUUACUCUUCCACAACCCCUUUGGAUCCAUCCUGGGGAGAUAUAUGGCAAGUCAUCACCAUCUCAAGCUCUUCAUCAGGAAGCAGUGUUCCAUCCCACUGAUCAUUUUUGUGGCCUUCCUCUGGACUUGCUCCAGCAUGUCCACAUCCUUCUUCUGCUGGAGGACCCAGAGCUGGAUGCAGUACUCCAGAGAUUUUCCUCUGUUCACCACUCAGUGAAGAAUCUGUGUGUGCACCUUGUUGGCAGCUGGCGUGAGAAGUCUCCUGUUGGGGACAAGCAGGACAAAGAGUACCAUGGAAAAGCGGAGCUGUUACAAUGCCAGAGCUCGCUAGAUGGCCUCAUACACUUCAAAUAA